AUGGUCAUCAUCACUUUUACCAUUGAAAAAUUGGAUGAGGAAGCAGUUCAAGACAGUCCAGUUCAAGAUGAAAAAGAAGGAGGAGAGACUUUGAACCACUUCAUUGACACACUGCGAACCAGCUGGCAAGUCGUUUUGAAUGUCGUUUUAACAGUGCUUCUACUAAUUGUAAUCAUUGUCACUGUCACUGUGAGCAAUAAUAGCAAGGAGUUACAAAAAGAAAACAAUCACAUAAGGAUGCGUCUAAAAUCCACUCAUCAAAAUGUAACCUCUAUGAGAAAAGAGAACAGACGGUUUCAAGAGCUUUUAAGCUUUGAACAGAAUAGUUCAAUGCAGCUGAAAGCAAAAAAUCAGCAAAAGCAUGCACUCCUGUUCUCAGACAGAUUCUCCUUCCUCUGGAGAUUAUGCAACAAAAGUACGCUGAAGUGCUCACGCUGCCUUCCUGGCUGGACUGAGCAUGCUUCACGUUGUUUCUUUCUAUCUCCAAUACAAAGAAGUUGGGAAAAUACUCGCAGAGAGUGUUUUUCUGAAAAUGGUGACCUGGCUGUUGUUUUGAAUGAAGCAGACCAGGCAUUCCUUACCACUCUGACUUAUCAGUUUGUAAAGCAGAACCCUCAAGUUGAUUUUUACUCAGCAUGGAUCGGGCUGCAGGACAUGGUGCGGGAAGGCAGAUACUGGUGGGUCAAUGGUAAUGAAUUGAACUCCAAAGUUGUAUACUGGAGGCAUCUGGAGCCAAAUAACGCUAUAGCCUCCUGGGACAUACAACAAUCUGGUUAGGACUUUGUUGCCAUAGUCCCACCGCGUGACAUUGGGGUUAAGGAUUGGUUGAA